GUGUGAGAGCAAAACUGCAUACCACCAAUACCAUAAUUCCUGAACGAAAAGAGUCCUUCCCAAGUUCCCCACUUUUCCACCGCUGGAUAAGGACUAAGGAGAGAGAUUCCAGGAAGACUUUGAAUCUAUCUCACAAACAAACAACAAACAAACCCAAACCCACCUUACUUUCUUUCUUAUUUAUCUCCUUUUCAAACUCUCUUUUAGCUCUGUGACUCACUCUCACAACAAAAUAUAAAUAUACAAAGAGAGAGAGACUGCGCACACACAAACAGUCAAGAACCGCUCUCUUUCUUGAAUUGAUUCAGAGCAGUUCCCCUCUAAAUCAAUUUUGAGAUCCUCCUCUUUCCAUUCAUACAGUUCUCUUUAGCGGGGCUGAAGAUUAAAUCUUUGGUUUUGAGGGAGUCAGAAAAAUUUUCUGUUGGGGACGAUGGCUGUUACUGUGAGACUCAUGGCUACGAUGGUAGCAUUACUUGGUAUAAUUUCCUUCAUAAUUGGUGUCAUUGCUGAAAACAAGAAGCCAGCAGCUGGAACUCCAAUCCAAGGGAAAGAUGUUGUUAUCUGCAAGUAUCCAUCUGAUCCAACUGUGGUUUUGGGGUAUUUGUCUGCAGCAUUUCUCAUUGCGACUACUGUGGUUGGGUAUUUCUCCCUGUUCUACCCUUACAAAGGAAAAUCUGUUCCACAAGGUGCUUUGUUUAGAAGCACCAGUUUUGUGGUAUUCUUCAACAUUGCCAUACUUACUGCUGGCUUAGCUGGAGCACUGCUCUUAUGGCCAACAAUCACAGAGCAGCUUCACCUGUCACGCAAUGUUCAUCGCAACCUCAACACUGAUUGCCCAACUGCCAAGACUGGUCUCCUCGGUGGUGGUGCUUUUUUAUCCCUUGAUUCAUCCCUGCUCUGGUUGGUCGCCCUUAUGUUAGCUGACAAUGCUCGAGAGGACUACCUUGAAGAAAAUGAAAAGGAUCGUGUGGGUCAUGAAGCUGCAAAGGGCACAGUGUGAAGUAUUGUGUAAGCCAGCCUGCUCAUUGGGUUUAGGCUUCUCCAUUUGAUGCAUAUAAUAAUCAGAUUGUCAUUGAACAACUUCAUGGGAUUGGAGCUUGAUUGUAAAUAACUAAAUAUUGUUCAUAAUAGUUCUGUUCUCUUUCAUGUUUUUGAUCUAUAGUUGUGGAUUGGCUUCUACUUUGUAGUACUAGAACGCAUAAUGGUUAAUUAGGUGGAAGGUGGAAACUAUCAUUGCUUCUUA